ACUCUUCAUGAUGGUGGCAAAUACUUUUGGCAAGCAAGUAGCUCACUUUUUCUACCUUUAUGAAGCUAGAAGAAAUCAUGGAUGUGACUAGACUCAAAUACAGAUUUGUUAUACAAUCUCAACUGGUCCCUCAAAGUAUCAAGGCAAAACUUUUUAUUGCUUAGUAGUCCUUUUGUGAUCUCAUUCACAAUAUCUUUUCUAAACUCAGAUCUCUCCUCAGCACCCCCCACUAUGGGGUCCCCUUCACCCCACUAUCUUAGAGGAUAAAAAUGUUGUAUAUGUCAUUGAAAAAAUUGUAGUAAUUUGCAGUGACUUCCCUCUUCACACCUCAUCUCACAGAACUCAGACAUCUUCCCUCACAAUUCUUACUUUAAUUCUAUCUCAAAUGAAGAGAUAUACAUUCUCCUUGCUGAGACACAUCUUCUAACAUAAACUCUUGAUCUGCUACUCCCCAUUUUAUCUAGCAGAUUGCUUUUUCUAUCAUCCUCAUUCUCUAAGCUUCAAUCUCUCUAUAUCAUUGAUGGCGAACCUUUUAGAGACAGUGUUGUGCCUGCCCAACCCUCCCAGAGACUGAGUGCCACACCCAGCUCCCCCCAAAUCAUCCCCACAGCCACCCCCCUUACCUAAGACAAGGGAGGGCAGAAGCACUCCCAUUGGGAUGCUGGACAGAGGAGUGUUUAAUGAGAGGUGAGUGUGGAGAGUGGGAGGAGAAUGGCCCUAGGGCUCUGCUUCCCCAGCUCUACUCCUAUCCAUGUGCCAUGCUAUGAGCUAUGUUCCCUUCAAACCUAGUUCCUCCCAACACCAUGGGAAUCACCAUCACCACAGACUCAACAGGCUGGCGUCUGUGCCUUACCCUCACUCAGCAUGUGAUCCACCUCCCCACCCCCAGUGCCUUACCCCAGACAUGGGAGGGAGGAAGCACUUCCAUUGGGCUGGUGGGAAGAGGGAUAGGUGAAGCCAGGUGCAUGGAAAGAGGGUGAGGAACAGUUCCACACCAAGUCCCUCUGACUUUCUAGUAAUAACCUCUGGCAUUUGACAACAGGCAUGCCCACAGAGCACCUUUUGGCACACAUGCCAUAGGUUCACCAAGACUGCUCUAUAACCUACAGACUUUCCCCCUACCGCCAACAAAUUUCUUCAACUUUUUUUAUCCUUAAAAAGGCAAACAACAAUAAUAAAAAUCUGUCACUUGAUGCAACCAUUCCCACCAGAUACUGUCUUAUAUCUUCCUUCUCCUCUUGUCAGCUAAACUCUUUCAGAAAGCCACAUACAUUAGGUGCCUCUAUUUCUUUUUCUCUCACUUAUUUCUAAAAACUCUACAUUCUGACUUUGAUCUCAUCAUUCAACUGUUAUUGUUUUCUGUAAACUAACCAGUGAACUCUUAAUUGCUAAAUAUUAAGAACUUUUCUCAAUUUUCAUCCUUCUUGACCUGCAUACAAUUGAUAAUCACCCUCCUUCUGGAUACUUUCUCAUCUCUAGGUUUGGAUGACACUGUUCUCUCCUGGUUCUCAUAUCUGUUUAAUCACUCUGUUAGUUUCAUUUUACUUUGAUUUUAUGCUGGACCUUCUUCUCUCCUUCCCCCUUUCCUAUUUUGCUGGACAAUCUUAUCAACUCUCAUGAGUUCAACUAUUUUCAGAUCUAUAAUCAGCCUUAUCUUUUUUGAACUGCAGUGUUACAUCACCAAUUGGCUUUUGGACAUCUUAUUCUGAAUGCUCUUUAAGCAUGUCAAUAUCAUCACAUUUGAAACAAAACUUUAUCUUUCUUUCCCAAUACCCUUCUCUUCCUAAUUUUCUAUUACUUUUGAGGGCAACAUAAUACUCCCAGUAAUCUAGGCUCAACUCUUCAUUUGUACUCCCCUCAUAUAUUCAAUCUAUUGCCAAAUUUUGUUAUUUCUACUUUCAUAAUAUCCCCUCAUCUCAUGUUCUCCAACUUCCAACUCAGUUCCUUUUAUUGGCUGUCUCCCAUGCUUGGAAUGCUCUCUUUCAUCACAUGCCUCCUGGCUUCUCUGACCUCCGUUAAGACAGCUCAGAUCCCAUCUUCCACAGUAACCCUUUCUGGUUGAACCCCACCACACCCCUACUUUCCAACCGGUAUCAAUGCCUUUCCUCUCAACUUACAAUGUGUGGGUAUGUACACACACACAUUAUAUAUACAUAUAUACACUAUGUUAUUAUAUGUAUAGUAUGGAAACUUUUUAUGUUUAUAUAUGUGUGUAUAUAUUUGCAUGUUGUUUCUCCCAUUAGAAUGUAAGAUCACUGAAGGAAGAAACAGUACUUGUACAUUCAUUUGUAUCCUUUAAAUUAGCAAUGUACUUGGCACAUUUAUUAAAUUUGACCUUAAUAAAUGCUUAUUGACUAACUGAAUGACCUGAUAUUAAUAAUCAAAACAUUAUAAAAAGGUUCUGUAAUUAUGCCUUUAGAGGAAUCUUGUCUGAUUUUGAUUUAUGUUUGCAAGACACAUUGUUUCAUGGGAGCUUUUAAGGAGGCAUUUUGCUCUUUAGAAACAAAUUAUUUUUUUAAAUAGUUGACAAGCAACAAACAGUGGGAUUUUCUCUUCUGUCUACCUUUUUGUCAAUUGCAUGAGUGCAAAUAUAUGGUCUUGCAUAGAAUACUGUCUGUAAAAACGUAUCUAUUUCUUCUCAUAUUUCCCUUUUGGUGUCCCUUAAUGUGUCUAAAUUAUUCUUAUAAAAAUUUCUUCAAGAUGGGAAAGUAGAUAUUAAACUGAAAUUGAUUAUAUACUUACUAUAUGUCACUAGACACAGGAGGUAUCCACAUUUUUAAAAAUCCUUGCUCUCAAGGGAGCUUCUCUCUCUAGAGGGAAAUAGAAUUUAUACAGCUAAGUUAAUACAAUAUCACACAUACAUAUGGCUUAUACACACAUAUACUGUAGUGGAUAAAUGAUGUGACAUAGUGUGCCAUAAAUCUUGGUUCAAGUCCCAAAGUUGAAACAUAUAGGUUAUCUGAUUCUGGACACUCUAUUUACCUUCUCAGUCCUUAGGGCACCUUUACAAGAGUAUAAAUUUCAUAACAGCUGGGUGUUGCAGUGGAUAUAGUGCCAGGCCAAUAGUUGGAAAGACUCAUCUUCCUAGGUUCAAAUCUGGUCUCAGAUACUUAAAAUCUGUGUGACCCAGGGCAAAUCAAUUAACCCUUUUGCCUCAGUUUCCUCAUCUGUAAGAUGAGCUGUAGAAGUAAAUGCCAAACCACUCUAAUAUCUGUGCCAACAAAACUCCUAGUGGGAUCACAGAGAGAUUGACAUGACUAAAAAAUGACUGAACAACAACAACAACAACUCACCAGGAGUGAUCAGAAAGGGCCAUCCAUAUGUUGACUUAAAAAAACAAUCCUUAACUUCCCUUUUAGAAUUAACAGUGUAUAAUAGUUAUAAGGAAAUGGCAAGGGCUAGGCAAGUGGGGUGAAGUGACUUGCACAUGGACACACAGCUAGGAAGUGUUUGAGGCUAGAUUUGAACCCAACACUUCCCAUCUCUAGGCUUAGCUCUCAAUCCUUUGAGCUGCUUAGCUGCUCCAGAUAGACUCUUUAAUUGAGUUUUGAAGAAAACAAGAUAAAGUAGGAAAGUAGAUUUUAAGGAGGGAUUUUAUUCAUCCUGAGGUACAGUCAAUGCAAAGGCAGAGUUAGGAAGUGAAAUGUUAGGAAGUUAGGAGUUGUAAGUACCUAUAUACAUACAGAGCUAGGAAGUCAGUUUGGCUGGAAUAGUAAGUGUAUGAAGAAGACUAAUGCACAAUUAAGUAGAAAAGGCAGGCUAGAGCCUAUUUGGAAUGGUGUUAAAUACUAAACUCUGUUAUUUAUUUUAUCCUACAAAUAAGAAGGAGUCUCUGGAGUUUCUGAUCAAAAGAGUAAAUUGUCCAGCCUGUACUUUAGGAAUAUCAAAUUAUCAUUUACAUGUCCUAGAAAGAAGUGGUUAAAGGCUGUAUUUAUGUGCUUGCUCUGGGAAAUAAACAAGGAUAUAAGAAAUAUGACAGAAAUGACAAGACUGGCACCCGAUUAGAAGCUGGCUGUAUGAUGGAAAGUGAAGAGUUGAGGAUGCUUAAGUAUGAACCUGGGUGACUGGAAGAGUUAUGAUGCUUUCAACAGAAAUAGGGAAGUUAAGAAGCUGUUCAGUCAUUUCUGACUCUUCAAGACCCCAUUUAGGUUUUUAUUUGUUUUGGGGGGGGAGCAAAGAUACUAGAGUCAUUUGUCAUUUCCUUCUCCAACUCAUUUUACAGAUGAAGAACUGAGCAAUUAGGGUUAAGUGACUUGCCUAGGAUCACACAGCUAGAAAGUAUCUGAGGUCAGAUUUGAACAUAGAAUGAAAAAUUUCUUAACCUUGUCUUUUUUUUUUAGGUUAUGCUGCUUCAGAAUUCAUUUUUAGACAUUAUAUCAUAGCUUUUAUGAGAGUAAUUUGGUAGAAAUUAGACAGGUCUGUGUACCCUCUAUGCCACCUUGACUCCAUCUCUAACUUUUAUUUAUUUUUUUAAAUAACCCUUAUCUUUGAUUUUAGAAACAGUACUGUGUAUUAGUUCUAAGGCAGAAGAGCAGUACAGGCUAGGCAAUGGGGGUUAAGUCACUUGCCCAGGGUCAUACAACGAGGAAGUGUCUGAGGCCAAAUUUGAACCCAAGACCUCCCGUCUCUAGGCCUGGCUCUCAAUCCAUUGAGCCACCUAGCUGACCCCUCAUGUCUAACUUUUAAUACAGUGAUCACUAGAGUUUUUUGAAUUGUUAAUUUUUUGCAGUGAUCAAAAUAGUGUUUAUAUGGUAAAAAAAAGUCAGCAGCACAAUUUUCUUUAAUUGAUUUUUUUUUUUGCAUUGAGUGUAAGUACAUAUUUAGAAUGAUUUUCAUCCAAAAGCUAAACCUGGCUCUUAGUCCUCUAAGCCACCAGCUGAUCCCUUUGACUCCUUUUUAAUGUGUGAAAAAAACAGGCAUAAAAAGAUCUAGAUGACUUAUUCAAAGAUACAUGCCUAAGGAGAGGGUCAAAACUAACUUUUGGCAAUUCUAAUUUCUAGUCUGGCAUGUUUUCUACUACAUAAUGAGGAAUACUAAUAAAUAAGAAUAGAUAGUUGAAUGGUGGGAGAUAUCAAAAGUUUCUGAAAUACAGACAGAGGAGUUGAAAGUAAAUAUGAAGAAACUGAAACUUUUUGAGUAGGGAAUGAUAAGAUAAAAGUACAAGGAAAAAGUAUUUCAGAGGCUGCAUAGUCCAAGCUCCUGAACUUUACAAAAUAGGAAAAGUGUGCUCCAUAUAGGGGAAGUGAUUUAUGAAGAUCACACAGUAAAUGCAUGUCAGAACUGGCUUUGGAACUUUGGUCCUCUGUUUCCAGAGCUAGUGUUCUUUACAUUGUAUCAUGUUUUUUGUUUUUAAUUUUUUUCCCCAUGGUUACAUGAUUAUAUUGUAUCAUGUUUAAGGAAGAUGUGACCUUCUUGUUUAAAGUGGAGGAAGAUGAAAUCACAGGGGUCAGUUAUUGGCCUAGGGGAUGAAAAUGAAGGAGGGAAAUGACAGUAGCUAAUGAUAUUUUCUCAGUGACUUAAAAAAACAAAACCAGUUUUGUUUUGGACAAUAAAAAAUAUUUAAUGGUGGGGAUUUCAAGCAUCACAACAUUUUCCUUGGAGGAAAUAAUUUUUUUUAGUAGGAUUUCCUCUCAAGACCCCCUCAAAUCACAUCAUAAAGUCACCUCACCAUUUUCUUCCAAGGGAGCAAGUCUCAACUUCCAUGGACUCCAUUUUCCAUAAUUUAUAAAAUGGGGAUCGUGCUUGUACUACCCAUGUGAUAGAAUCAUUUUUGGAAGAACAUUUUUUAAUAAACAUAGUAUGAAUUAUUGGGGAAUGAGAUAGUAGUAACAGCAGUGUAAGAAGAAUAAAUAUAUUUUAAAUGUGUAUAUAUAUAUUUACACAUUAAAUAAAGCAUCUUAUUACUAGCAUUUUAAUGAUAUGUUAUUUAAUUUAAUAAACAUUAUAUAUGAAAUAUGUUCUUGCCUUAUUUGUGAUUUGAUUAAAGUUCACCUUUAUUCUCACACUCUGUGCCCAUAAGUCAAUGUCUUGAUUUUCUAAUAAGAAAACAACAGCAGUGAAUUGGUGGCAAGAGUAGGCAGGAUGGGGGCAGCUGAGUGGCUCAGUGGAUUGAGAAUCAGACCUAGAGAUGGGAGGUCCUGGGUUCAAAUCUGACCUCAGACACUUUCCAGCUGGAUGACCCUGGGCAAGUCACUUAACCCCCAUGGCCUGGCCCUGAUGGCUCUUCUGCCUUGGAUCCAAUAUGCAGUACUGAUACUAAGACAGAAAGUAAGGGUUAUUAAAAAAAAGAGUAGAAAGAUUCUAUAAUAUGUAUGUAAUCAAAUCCAGGCUGAGUUAAGUGAUUAGUGGCUUCCAUGUAAAACCUUUUUAGAUUCAGAAGGAAAAAAGGAGAGGAAAAAGUAUCAUUUCCUUUUAAUUGAUGAGGUCAGCAUAUUCAAAUAAGUGAGUUAGUCAAUAGCAAUUCAGUGUGGUGCCUUGCACAUAUGUCAAGUGCAUGAGUGCAUGAAUACCCGAUUUUCAAUAAUAUAAUGCUAUAUGGAUGCUUUAUAGGGAGCAAGUAGAACGUCUCUUUUAUUUACAUUAACUUUUUACCCAGAGUAAUUGGAGGUAAAUUGACAUUAUAAACGUACACGUUUUGCUUUAUAUUCUUAUAUUUUAUCUCCUUGCAGGUUAAAUCAGAAGGCAGACAUUUAUUAUGGUUUUAGCCAUUUAUAAUCAUCAGUUUGUUAUGAAACACAGCUAGGGCUAAGCGUGCCUAUACAGAAUCUAUAUUCAGGAAGAAGUAAAGUACAUCUUACCUUUCUUACCUUUUAGGGCACUGGUCUGUGGAAGCAGGAAUUUAAUCUGAUGAGACAGUCAUUCUGGGGUUUGGCUUCAAGGAUAAUGUUCCAGAAAGUACACUAUUGACUAAUAUGAAGAAAUGGGAAAAAGGACAGAGACAGUUCAAUAGGCUUGGGAUAUAUAUAUAUAUAUAUUUUUUUUUAUAUAUAUAUUUGUGUGUGUGUAUGUGUGUGUGCCAGAGCUUUGAAUGCAUCCACUUUUAUAUUGGUGGAGAGAGGGGAAGGAAAUCUAACAAAUGUCUUUACCCCCCCAAAAAAAAACAAUUGGUGACCCAUCACUGUUUCCCCUAAGAUGCAUAUUAAGAAUGAUGUCUUUCUGAUAUAAAUGACUUUAAAAUAGAUGUUUGAGGAUAUUUUUUAUCAUUCAGAGAUAAAUAUCCUUAAAUCUUUUUCAUACCUUUCUAUUUAAUUUGAUCAAAUUUUAAUAAUAUGCAUAGUCGGAUGCUAUCAACAGGUAACCUUCACUGACCUUGUUUGCUUUUAGGUAAUUUUUCAUUUCCAUUAGGAAGACAGUAUGCUCUGUUGUUUUGCCCCGCUAGGCUUUCUAUUCACUUGGGAAGGAACAAGCAGCAAGCCUGUCACUUCAUCUUGAGACUCAAAUACCUCGCAAACCUUUUCUCCCUGCUCUGUUACUGUUCCUAAACCAACUUGCAGCACCACAAAGAAUUGAACUCAAGUGGCCCUCAGCACCAUCUCCUGCUGUGAUGAGUCACACAACUAGAGGCACUUUGUUGCAUUAGAUUUGAUCACUGCCAUGAGCAGUCCUUCGAUUGUCAGCUAAGAGACCCUUCAGGGAGUUGUCCCUUAAUAGAAAGUCUCUUUUCUCCCCUCCUGUUGUAACUUUAAAUUAAAAGAAACUGUAGAGUAGUUGGUGGUUUGGUAACAAUUCAUUCUUCUACUCACUGUGAAACCAGCAUCUAAGAAAAUUGACUGAAAAUUGAGUUAUUGCUGGGUUUUUCUUGAAGGGGGCAUGGGAGCUGGCGAUAGUAAUAGUGAAUAAGGGCUAUGCUGGUUAGGUUCAUCCUGAAAAACAAUUAACUUUAGAGAGAGUGAAGAUUUUCCUAACAAGGCAACAUCCCUUGAUCUCAGGAUCUGAAGUUUGAUUCCUUGAAUAGAAUAUUUUCUAUUCUAUUCAGAAAAUGCUGCAUCAAUACAUGCAUUUGUAUUUUAAGUAGUAUUCAUAUAACCCCAUGUCUUUUUUUACUAGAAUUUGAAAUGGCUUUCGGAUGCAGUAUAGGUAAGUGUCCCAACCCGAACUGGAACCUUCCUGGUAGACAGGAAAGCAUGAUCUCAUUAUUGGAGAGCUGGAGUACUUUUGGUAGGGAUAGAAUUUUAAGGACUCUUUCCGGAGAAAGUCUACAACAUCUGGAUGGUAUAGUAUAUAGUGUAAAUUAUAGGUAGUGGAUGGCAUGUAGGGAGUGUUUGAGAGCUAUGACUGAGACGAUUGAGCAUAUGCUAGACUGAAAAUGGCCAAGAUGGUGAACAGGAGAAUAGGGGGAGAGAGAAUAGAUUGCCUAGAGAGUAGCCUGCCUGGCCAAGUGGCUCAAACUAAACUAAACUAAUGAAUGAGACAAUGGCCUUAAGGAUGAGAAUGCUGAGACUGAUGUGGUUUACAGAAUAGAUUACUUUGGCCUGAUAUUAUCAGAGGUUAAGAGUCAACACUAGGAUUUCUGGAGAGAGACUAGACAAUGUAUUAAAACAGAUUUUUUUUUAGUGACUAAAAAUUAGACUAUUGGCUACUAUGAGGCAGUGGAAAACCAUGUAAGAUAUGUUUGAUGUUAAAAACAAAUACCCAUAAUAUCAUAUGUCUAGAAAUAUUUUCACGAACAGUUGAUAAAACUGAUGAAAAGUAAAAGUGUGAUUCUUGCUCUUGUAACCUAUCAAUGAGCACUUAAUAUGUCUUUCCUUUUUGGUUUGCAACUUUGCCAGCCAGCACACGGUUAUUAUUGCUUAAGGAUUCUUUUUCAGGACCUGGUCAUACUUUACCAGGACUAAUACUCAGUGGCAUUAGUUUUUGGUGUAGCCACAAGGGUAGAAGGAAAAACAGACAGUUGCCAUCAUUCAUCGAGCACUUUUAAGUUGAUAGCCGUUUCUAGUUAUCACACAAGUCUUAGUUAACUUGAAGGGGCUGAGAUGUUUGUUAUUGUAAAUGACUUCAAGUGUGGUUGGAAUACUGUUAGAAAUGGCUGUUCUCUGUCUAAUCAGGUAUGUCAAACUGGAAAUUAGGUUGAAAAAAGUGAAAAGAAAUUAUAAACUUAACAAGAGUUUCACUAAUAAUUUAGGCAAUAUAAUGUUAACAUCAAUGAGAGCCUCGUGGCUAAGGCUCUGUUGCACAGUGCUUUGGAAAUAAAAGGAGAUUGUGAAAAGAAUUAGCAAUACAAGGCAUUUUAAGUGCUUUAUUACAGAGGCCUGUGAUACUCUGUGAAAUCCAUGCUGCUCCUUCUUCCUGCUGUGUUUAAUUUCAGCAUCUGAUGCUAUUACCUAUCCUUGGAGAAAAAAAAUAUCACUCCCUGUUAGCUCUUUAAAAUGGCGUAUCACAUUGAAUGAGUUUUCGUCAUAAUGUUCCUAACUUUUUUUUUUUUUUAAGAAAGGAGGUGUAAUAGAGGUUAGGAGCCUGAAUACCCCAAUGCUUGAUGCCAUGAAAUUGCCUCAGAAUUAUUAAGCAUCAGAAUUAUUAGGAGUACUAGUUAGAAACUAGUAGAGAAGAUGAGAGGAGUAAAGUUCAGAGAGUGCCCUGGCAGCUAAGAGAAUUAGGUCCUAAUUAGAAUCAAGUGAAAGUAUGCUCAGCUUGGAGCCAGGUCAGGAGUCAGGAAUCUUAAUUUUGUGUAAGGAGUUGUUAUGAACAAGGUCAGACAGAACCAGGAGCAAAGCUAGCUUUUUGCUUUAUUGGAAUAGAAACACCUAUUUUGUGUGAUCUGAGUGAUUUAGAAAGGUCUGCUCAGAUUGUAGUACGGUAGAUAAUGUGCUGGGUCUGAGGUCAGGAAGACUCAUCUUCCUGAGUUCAAAUCUGGCUUCAUAUACUUACUAGUUGUGUGACCCUGGGCAAGUCUCUUAACCCGUUUACCUAAUUUUCAUCAUCUGUAAAAGAGCUGAAGAAGGAAAUGGAAAACUACUCCAGUAUCUCUGCCAAGAAAACUCCAAAUGGGGUAACAAAGAGCCAAACAUGACUGAAAAAUGACUGAACACUAGAUAUAGUGAAUUCCUUCAUUGACCUGGCAUAUGCUGUCUUUCUCUCUAAUUUAGUAUGUAUAGCUCCUGAGGUCACCCUUUAAAUUGUGUGAUGGGUUCCUCAAACAAAGCAAAACCAAGUUCAAAGCACUCUGUGUUUCCAAAACCACUCAGAACCAUAGAUCAUGAGCUCUCACAGAUGUGUUUACUUUUUAUAGUUAGCAAGAGGAUAUGAUUAAUUUAAAUCAAAGGCUUUUAAUGAAAUAGUAUGGUAAGGAAAAUAGCAAUAAACAUUUCCACCAUAAACCUGGUUCCUACUCUCCCACACUCUAUCAGCAGGAAGAGAUAGGGAAAUAAUAUUGGGGAACAGUAACCCCAUAUACCUGGGGUGCACACAUAAAGGAUCAUGUUGACACAGAAGGGUUGUUGAUGUCUUCUGGUGAUGUGAUCAUAGUGCUUUCAUUGGGCCUGUUCCCUGCUAGUCUCUUAUAAUGUUUAUUCAAAGCAUGCUAGGUUCUGAUGGAUAUAUAGUCCCUUCCAAAGUGGAAAUCUCUUCUGGGCACCACUCCCUGAAGGUCUCAUAUGGAUCCUGUUCCAUGUUGUUAUUCUGGUCUUCUGGUUACUCUUGGUCUUGCAGUUCCAUUCGACAUGGGGUUGUAGAGCUUCUUUUGAAUUCCAGCUUUUGGCUUCAACUCAAGUCCUUAACUAGGAUGCUAUCUCUUUCUCAUAAGCAGAUGAUUGAUUUUUGCCAUUAUACCUAUAGAAUGAAGUUCAUAGACUUUUGUUUUCUGCCACAGCUCUUUCAGAAAGGCAAACAUCCUAAAGUAUCCAGUCUAUAACCUAGGGGAAAACAGUUCAUGACUCUUCCUCAGCAUCUCUUUCCUAUCCUUGACCCUCUCAAUCUAAAAUGUAAUGUAAACAAAUCUGAGAUAUCUUUUCUUAUAGCACCGAAUAGAAAAUAUUUUUUCUUAUUGGAAGGAGAGUCCCUGCUCUUGGCAGCCCCCAUAUAAAUAAAACUUCUGGGCUUAAAUCUAUUUUUUCUAUUCAGUAUUUCACUGAGGAGAUUUUUAUCAGAAAUGUCUCCUUGACUUAUGGUUAGAAAGUCCAUAUAAUUUUCUCCUAGAUAGAGAGCCAGGUCUAGAGUCAGAAAUAUUCAUUUUCCUUAGUUUAAAUCUGGCCUCAGACACUUACUAGUUGUGUGACCCUAGGCAAGUCACUUAACUCUGCUUCAGUUUCCUCAUCUGUAAAAAAUGAGCUAAAGAAGGAAGUGUCAAACCACUCCACGAUCUUUGCUAAGAAAACUCCAAGUGGGAUCAGAAAAAGUUGUCCAUAAGUGAAAAACAAUCAAACAACAAAAAUUAGGACAGUAAAAUAUUUUUUCGUAUCCUUUUUCUCUUCCUUUAUAAACUACUGAGGACUUAUGUGAAACAGAUUUCCACAGAUUUUCAAUUCCAAAACCAUUUUGCUUUCUGAAGACAAGUUGAGGGAUUUUGGAGAGAGAUAAUGGACUAAAACUAAGCCUUGGAGCAAGUUCAUUAUUUUCCACCUGUCUAACAACCUGCCUGGUUAAUAUGCAUACCUGCUUAUACAAACAUAUACAUAUAUUUGUGUGUAUGUAAACUUUUCCAGGCUUUGAGCCUGUCCACACUUGAAAUUGCCAGUGUUAAAGUCCUCUUUAUUUUUUCUGACCAAGAUCUAGUGCAUCCUUCUCUUUUCUACUUUCAUAGCUUCUACCCUGAAGAGUUCAGACACUUAUUAAAUAAUUCCUGGUCUGUGGCGGUAUAUUCUAACUAGCCUUAUUGAUGCUGUACCCUCCAAUCCAAGAUACACAUCACUGCCAGAUGAAUCUUCCUAGACUAUUGUGUUGGUCAUGUCAUCUUCCUAUUCAAAACCUUUACCUAAUCUUUCGUACCACUAAGUCCAAAUUCCUUAUCUUGGCAUGCUGUUCUACUUCAUGUUGCUGUUCAGUCAUUUCAUUUGUGUUUCACUCUUUGUGACCCCAUUUGGGGUUUUCUUGGCAAGGACACUGGAGUGAUUUGUCAUUUCCUUCUCCAGCUCAUUUUGCAGAUGUAAACUGAGGCAAACAGGGUUAAGUGUCUUAUCCAGGGUUGUAUACACAGCUAGGAUUUGAGUCCUGAUUUGAAUUCAGAUCUUCCUGAUCCCAGGUCUGACCCACUAUCCUAUGUACGACCUGCUUGCCCAAUUCUACUUAAUAUCCCUUAAAAAUUCUCCUAUUUUCCAAUCUCAUUCCUUAUUUUGAAUGUGUUCUCCCUAUGUCUGCCUAUCAAAUUCCUAAUCAUCUUUCCAGGUUCAAGUCAGAUCUCCUUUCUUCCAUUCAGUCUUCCCUCAGUUUCUUCAAGUUUAGCAUUUUAUUUUACUAAUUAUAAAACACAGCACAUAUUGUUAUGUUAUUUGUGCACAUGCCAUUGCCUCAGCUAGAUCAUAGGAUCAUAUAUUUAGUUCUGGAAAGGCCUUAGGGUUCAUCUAAUCCAACUCCUUCAUUUUAUAGAUAAGGAAAAAAGUAUGUCCAGAAAAAAUUAAGUGGCUUGCCAGCAGUCAUACAAUUAAUAGGUACUGAGCUGGGACUAUACCCAUUUCUUCUGAUUUUACGUUGUAAACCUCUGGAAGGCAGGGAGGUGUACCUACACUGCCACAUAGAGCCUUGCACAGCACUUUGAACAAUGCAAUUGGUCAACAUAUAUUUUUUCAGUAAAUGAAUAAAUGAAGAUUUAAAAAAAGGGCAGAACUCUGUGAAUAUCUAGGAAAAGAGACUAGACUUGUGAUUUCACCAGGACAGGGAACUCCCAGGUGAGGAAGCUUUCUCUACCAAUGUAAGUCAUCAACUUAUCUGCAAUCUACAAUCUUAGAGUAUUGUCCAGCCAAAGUGCAAAACAGUGUGGUGCCCAGUGUGCAUGCUGCUCUCAAUACUCUCGAGUAAGCCUGAACCAGAUUAUGAUGUAAUUGGGAAAUAUUUAACAAGAGAAAUAAAAGUACAGUAAAACAUAAAUAACAUGACAUUUUAAAACUAAGACAACGUGUGGUUCAUAGGUAGCUUCUUUUAGAAUUUGAUGCCAUUGUCUAGAGUAAGUAUUAAGGAGGUAAGUGACUUGCCCAGAUUAAUUUAGCGAGUGUGUGUGUGUGUUAUAGACUGUACUUGUCUUAUGUGUGUAUGUGAGCGAUAGAUUGUGCUCAAUCUUUCUGUCGUUGAUAGUUCUCUACUUGAUAGGCUGUAUUCUUUCUCCCUCUGAUUAUAGGCACCACUAGAAUGUAUGUGUAUUAAAUGACCCAUGGACAUAUACUAGUCAUUUAUCAGAUUAUUCGUUUGACACCUUGGAUCUUAUGGAAAUGAGUUAGAAGACAGGGAAGCUUCAGUGGGAGAAAGUACAAAAGUAGUGGUGACAAAACUACCGGAUGGUGGGCGCCAUUCACCUCCUGGGGAGGCACAGAAAGGAGGCAAUUCAAGUGAGUUGUUAGGUUGUUUUGGUCAUGUCUAACUCGAUGUAAAGGUUUGUUUCAGGACCUAUAAACAUUAAGUUAGAGAGAAAGACAACCUCUACCAGGUGAGCUAAGGACAUAGUUCCAUUUGAGUUGUUUUUCAGUCAUGUCUGACUCUCUGGGACCCCAUCUGGGUGUUUUGGGUUUUUUUGGCAAAGAUACUGGAGUGUUUGGAUAUGUCCUUCCCCAGCUCAUUUUACAGAUGUAGGAACCUUAGGCAAACAGGGUUAAGAGACUUGCCUAGGUUCAAAGAGCUUCUAAGUGUCUGCGGUCAAAUUUGAAUUCAGGGUAAUGAGUCUUCCUGACUCCAGCUGCUCUAUCUGCUGUAACAUCUAGCUGCCCAAGCAUUCAAAUAAGGAGGAAAUAAUCCUAUGAGUUCCAAGGGAUUCUCAGUGAUAAGAAUUAGGCAGCUCUAUGAGGGGAUUUGAGGUUUGUGGAUAAGGGGUUCAUAGUCUUUGAGAUAGCAUAGUAGUAGAAUACUGAAUUCUGUUUUGUAGGGAAUCAUAAUGACAGCAUUUCCUUCUAGAAGUCCACCAUUUCCUCAUAGCUAACUAAUAAUAGGUUGAGACCAAGCUGCCCCCAUUACCCCACUAGCUCUCUGGACCUCAUUCCUGGAGUACGAACCCUCCUGAUGUCCUCAAAUGCUUUUGAAUCUUUCCUUCUUUUCUCAGUAUUCCUCAGGUUAACAAAAUCAUUUCAAUGGGAGAAUUAUGAAAAUGCCUGGUCACAUUUGUACAACUUGAGCAUCAUUCAAAGUUGAAAAGAUUGUCAAUUGCUUAGCAUGUCUCUUAAUAUAAAGUGAACUGUAAAAGCUCAUUAAGGUUCUAUCUGAGCAGAUAGAAUUUGACCUUAGAGAACUGCCCCCAAAGUCAUCUUCUGACUAAAAUGAGUAAAGAUUACUCUCUUUAUUAAGAUUACAUUCUUACUUUUAGUUUAAAAUGUUCAUUUCUUUUGGUUACAUUUUAAUCUUAAUGUUUAAAAAUGUCUUCUUUUUUUUUUUUACUUUGUUGGUAUGUUCUAGAAAUUUCGGUUAGCAUACUUUGAACAUCUCAAAGAAACAGGAACUAAAAAAGUCAAAAUCAAUCUUCUUGUUACUUUUUGGUGAUAAGUUAAAGUAGAAAUUGGAUAAGAAGUCAAUAGGUAAAAAAAAAGGUAUGAUCAACCCUCAUGGAGUUAGAUAACCUAAGUUAUAUCAUAAACUUGAAAAUAACUUUAUGUUAAAAUUACAGAAUAAUUGACACCUCAGGGCUAACAUUUUUUUAAGGUUACAUCAUUUUGUAGUCGGUCUACAUGUAAGCAUUUACAAUAUUAAAUAAAGAAGAUGAAUUAUUAUUUAUCAAUUGGAGAGGAUGCUAAUUUACAGUGUUUCCUAAACUAUUUUACUCCUUCCUUGCUGUGCAAGUUAUUUAACUUCUUUUUCCACACUUGUAAAAUAAUCAGAUUGACACAGUUUUUAUUAUUAUAUUUAAAAGCUCUUUAACAUAUCCAAUAUGGAUUUUUUUCUUGAAGAUCAAUCCAUUCUUCCAAUUUUUGUAGGCCUGAUUUUGCCAAGUGAAUAAACUGAAUAUAGGAAUAUUUGUGUUAAAGAAGGAACUAUAAUUUAACAAAGUAGUUUCUUCACCCAGGAAGAUCAAGUUGUGCUACUGUUUUGACUUGUUAGCUGUUUAUUCUUUGCUAUUUAAUCGAAUACUUUUUCACUAUUUCAGUAGACUUUUCAAAACAUUAGAGAAAAAAUAAAAAUUAAUCCUCUUAAGUAUCCCUCAUGCAACUGACUCUGUUAUCUUUAUUUUAUUUUUAAACCUUAUCUUCUGUCUUAGAAUCUGGUACCAAGACAAAAGAGUGGUUAGGGCUAGGCAAGAGGGGUUAAAUGACUUGCCCAGAGCUACACAGCUAGGAUAUGUCUGAGGCAAGAUUUGAACUCAGGUCCUCCUACCUCUAGGAUUGGCACUCAAUCUACUGAACCAGCUAACUGCCCCUUUUCUGGUACUUUUAAAAGGAUAGAAGUGUUAUGGAUUUUUAAAAACUAUUUAUGAAUUUAAAAAUUAAACAUGAUACAUCAUUUGCUUCUAAACUUUUUGCAUUGAUGUAACUCUUUAUUACAAUUUUAUCAAUGAAUCAAACAUAAUAGAACAUAACAUAGCAUAGGGCCUCUUAGAACUUAAACCUGUCCCAAAGAGAGUUAAUUAAAUAGCACUAAAUCUCACUGUCAUAUGUUUUGAUGAAACAACUUUUACAAUAAUAGAUUUACUGAGAUGAAACCCCUCAGAAGCUAUGAAACACUGUCAUAUCUGUUUCUUCUUUUUUUUUUUAAUCCUAAAAAAACAAAUGACAAAGGCAACCCUAUACCAAUCUUCAGGGAUGAAGGAACAUUUUCUAGAGGUGCUUUUGUUGGAUUUUUUUUAGUACUGUUUUCAAUGCUAUGCAGUUAUAGAGUGAGCUAUUUUGGAACUAUGCAUACAUUAGUGUUUUGGUACGGCAUUAUACAGUAAUGUGCGAAAAAGUAUAAGAUCACACCUUGUUUAAAUUUGCAGUUUUUGUGCAUAAUCUGACAGUGAACCCUUGUCAGGUUUUUGACUGUAUAUAGAAGAAAAAAGUUUACAGAAGCUUAUGGAUCAAUGCAGGUUGUGUUUGUAUGACAGUUUAGAGUAGAAUUUUUCUUUUGGGGUUAGUUUCAAGUCAUUUUGUGAAAGAUCAAAGAGUUAUGUUAAAGUCAGUACAUAACAUUUUAAAUCUAAUUCAGGUAUUUACUUUUUUUCCUGAUAGAAUAUUUUAACUGCACAUAACUAUACAAAUGAAUAUAAAGAAUAGCUGUGCUGCUACAUAUGCAAACUAUAUGGUCAUGUAUUAAUUAAAUUUACUUUUUAAAAAAACAAGUCAUCAAAACUUAGCCAUCCAAAUUAAAAAAAAAAAAACAGUUUAAGAUAAUCACCUUGAGAGGCUGUACAAUUUUUCCAAUGGUUCUGUCACUGUACUAGACAUUUUUCAGUCUUAUUACUUUUAUUUUUAAAAGUUAAUUACUUUGUUAUAUUAAAAUAUAGUGUUGACUCCCACCUUCCCCUCCCCACAUUAGAGAAGGCAUCUUUUAACAAAAAGAUAUAUGUACAUAUAAAACUAUGUCUUACUUAUUUCUAUUAUAAAUUCUUCCAAUAUUUUAUAUAGCUAUAGCUAGUCUGCUUCCCAUUUAAAAAAAAAAAAACGAUUAAAAUAUAUAGCAAAAUGAUGUUAUACAACUUGGUCACUCACUCUUCUUCACUAGACUAAAAGCUAAAUUUUUUUUGUUCCUUCAAAAAAAUAAAAUAAAUCCACAAAGAAUAAAGUAUGUCUUUAUACAAAAGUAUUUUGGGGACUUCAUUUUAAUGUGUCUGCCUUUUAGCCAAAACGUUUUAUUAUUCUAGAAAGCUCUAAAAGCAAUUCUAUAGAGGAGUAGUCAAUGGAUCAACAAAUAUUUACCUAAGCACCUACUGUGUUAAGCAUAUUGUAGCAGCUGCAAAGAGUAAAAUAAAAAAGAUUUUUAAAAAUUUACGCUGACUUUCUGAUGGGAACAAUAUUCAUUUAGAUGGAUAAAUUCUAGUUUGUAAAAAAGAAAGUCAAUAAUUAUUUAGUAAAUCUUAUUUUGUGUUUGUCUCUAUAAAAUAAAACCAAGACAAAUACAAAUGUACCUUUUGUGAUCAAUAGCCUAAAUGCCUAGCAUAAUUAUUAGCAUUUUCUGUGAUUGAGAUAGUUAAAGGACUAAACUCAUACAAUAUUUAUCGCAUUUUGGAAGCUGCUUCAGAUAAUGGAACUGAGUACCAAGCCUUAUUGGAUUUACUUGAGGAUAAUUAUAUUAUUUUUUUUUUGCAGAUACAUAUGUCAUAUAUAUUUACAAAUACUCAUGGACAUUAAAUAUGUUAAAUUUUGGAUAAUAUUUAGUGAGAAUUUAGUGACUUUUGAAAUAUUUAUUUGAUUAAAAAUCACAUCCUUAUGCAAAUAUCCAUUUACAUUGGAUAUCCAUUUUCUUGACCUUCAAAAAAGAAAAAAAUCAAAUUACUGAACAUAUGCCCAAAAGUAAAAUAAUUAGACUUCAUCACUGAAUUUUCUUAACUUCUUUUAAGAAGGCUAUGUGCAUUGUACACAGUACACUAAAAUACACAGUUGAUUGUUGUUCUUUGUAUUUGAAGAAAACCAAAAUGACAACACUGGUGAUAUCUUUUGAUUAGCAUAAAUUGGAUUUAAAUGAGCUAGAGCUGUACAAAGUCUUUGGUCUCCCUCCUAGAGUCUCCCAGAAUCAUCCAAAUCCAGAGAUAAGACAAAAGUCAAGAUGACUGAUGAUGACUCAGGAUGGAAUGGAUGACCUUGGCUUCUUUGAUGUCCACUUAAACUCUAAGUUCUCUAUAGCACCUUCUUCCUCCUUUAUUUCUUUGGAAUCAGUUGUUCUUGUUUGCCCUUCAUGAUAGAGGAAAUCUUCACAAUUCCUAGAAUAGAUGCCCUCUAAUUCACCGACUGACUUGAGGCUUGUCAGUUACCCUCAACCUAGUUUAGCAUGUCUGUUGAAAUAGUUUACCAGGGAGUGGGCACUGCAAAUUCCAGAGCUUUUUGGAUCCACAGGUGAGAGCUGUAAGGCGGGUGGACAUGAAAGAAGGAAAGCCACUCUGAAAAGGGCUCAACUAGCCCUAUUACCAGAGGAACAAAUCUUUCCAGAAGACUCAUGCACCCCAUUAAAAUAAAUAAUGUAUACUAAAAACUAAUAGGAAAUCCAGGAGAAUUCAAAUCAGCAAAUCUAUCCUUGAGUCCUGGAUUUAAAAAGCUGUGAGAUUAUGGGCAAAUUACUUAAUAUUUCAGAACCUUAGUUUUCUCAUCGAUAAAAUGGUGGUUCUUAUGCUUUCCCCACCUACCUCAUUGGUUGUUGAGGGAAAGUACUUCAAUAAAUUUUUAAAGUGCUUAUCAAGUGCUUAUUACUGUUGACUGGUUAUUAGAAUGAAAUUUAAAUCUUGGUAUAAUAGGAAAUAAUGUUUGUGUUCAUAUUGUAAAUCCUAAUUUUCCUCAUUUUCAAUUUGAAAUUUUUUAUUUGUAUUGGGUAGAAAAUGAAGAAAACCAUUAUGAGAAAAAUUAAUCUUUUUUGGAAAAUUUGAUUUGAAGAUAGUGUUAAGCUAUUGGUAAGUGAACGGUGCAUUAAAAUCCUCAUCUACUUUGUAUGUGUUCCAACAUGGAGCUUUUGAAUGCUUUCAUUGCUUUGAAUAUUAAGUAGAUCAUUUAGUUGUAGUACUCUUGGAGGUCUGUAGAUGUAAAGAAUGCUAUGCUUUAGCCAAAAUAUACUGUAAAUUCUUCCUUUAUCUUGUCCUGAACUCUUCUGAAUCUCUGCAUUUGUAAAGUCCAUCCUGUAAGUCUUGAAACAACCCUCCCUGUCUGUUCAUUUAUCUUCCUUCAAGGCCAGUCUCAACUUCAAUAAACUCUAUGAAGUCUUCUUUAUUAAAGACUGAAUGUAAAUCUUCCUCUUCAGACAGCUUUCUUUUCUCCAUUGCCCUUAUUAUACUUUAGUUUGUCAUAUUUAUUUUUGUUUCUUGAAGAUCAAGAUUCAUUUUUUUUAAAACCUCUAUAAUCCCAGUACCUACCAUUGGAUCUCAGACAUAGUACAUGCCCAAUAAAUGUUUAUUGAAUUGAGGUAAAACAGGGGAAGUAAUGUGGGCAUUGAAUUUGUUUUUUUUACUAAUUUAAUUUCUACUUUCUGAGCAGGGUAAAUUGUGUUGAAGAUUCAUUAAAUCUUUCAAUCAUCAUCUUAUACUUUAUCUUCCCUCUUUCUGCUCUCUUCUUUUCUCAACUCCAUGGGUAAACAAUAUUGCUAGAGGAGAAAAACCAUGUAAGAGCUUCAAGAGAAAAGCCCUAAUGGAAAAUAUUAAAACUUUUUUCUUUUAAAAAUUAUAUCUAUGCUUCAUUAAAUAUUUUCCAAUUACACUAAAAAAUUUUAACAUUAACUUUUAAAUGAAACCACCCCAUUUCUUUAUAAGACAAGCAAUAGAUAACACAUAUGAAGUUAUUCCAUAUUAUUCAUGUUGCAAAAGAAAACAGACCCCCCCCAAUAAAAGAAAAAAAGAAGUGAAAAAUGUAUAUGUAUGCUUCAAUCUGUGUGCAAAGUUCAUUAGUUCUCCCUUUGAAGGCGAAUAGUAUUUUUUAUCAAGGGUCCUUUGGAUUUAUCUUGGAUCAUUGUCCUGAACAGAGUAGAGAAGUCCUUUUAGCUGAUCAUCAUUACAGUAUGGCUGAAACUAGGCACAAUGACCGCUUGGUUCUGUUCCCUUCACUUACUGCUCAGAUUUUUUUGAAACCAUACUACUAGUCAUUUCUUAUAGCACAAUAGUAUUCCAUCACAAUCAUAUAUCACCACUUGCAUAACUAUUCUCCAAUUGAUUGAUUUCCCCUUCAUUUCCAGUUCUUUGCCACACAAAAAGAGCUGCUAUAAACACUUUUAUACAAAUAGAGCCUUUUCUCUUUUCUUUUAUCUCUUUGGAAUAUUGACCUGGUAUUGAUCAAAAGGUAUGCAAAGUUUAUAGUGCUUUGAGCAUAGUUCCAAAUUUUUUCCAGAAUGGUUGGACCAGUUCACAACUCUACCAGUAGUGCAUUAGUGUUUCUAUUUUUCCAUAUCCCCUCCAGUAUUUUUCAUUUUCCUUGUCAUUCGUGUUAUCGAAUCUGAUACAUAGAAAGUAGUAUCUUGGGUUUGUUUUAAUUUGCAAUUAUCUAAUCAAUAGGGAUUGAGAGCAUUUUUCAUCAUUCUUGAUGGCUUUGAUUUCUUCUUUAGAAAACUGGUUGUUCAUUUCUUUUGACCACUUAUUAGUUGAUGAAUGAUUCUUAUUUUCAUAAUUUGAUUCAGUUCCCAAUACAUUUUAGAAAUGAGCCGUUAGUAUUAGAACUUUUCAAAUAUGUCAAGCCCUGACAGAAAAUAUUAGUACUUUUUAGAAAUUUGGCAUCUCCUGAAGAGUAAAUAAAACUUGGAAUGAAUACUUCAACACUACGUUCUGACAGGUAAAAGCUUCAAAAAGUAUGAAGAUUUAUCACUGUUGAGCACCUUAUAUUAAAUAAUAUGUACAAAAAUGAAAAACACUGAAAAUAAUAGACAAGAAAUAGGGGAUUUAAAAACCUUUUUUCAGAGGAAGAAACUGAACAAGCUAUAAGUUAACUUCUAAAGAAAAAAAAAACUCCAGAUGCAUUCAAAAGUUAAUUCUAUCAAACAUUCAAAGAACUACUAAAUAAAAUAUUACACAAUAACAAAAUAAAUAAAAUAUUACACAGUAACAAAAGAAGGAAUUCUACUGAAUUUCUUCUUUGACACAGAAUUGAUCUUGACAUAUCAACUAAGGAGAGUCACAACAGAAGAUAGAAAACUAUAGACUAAUAUUCCUAAUUAAAAGCUUUAUAAAAUAUUGUUUUAAAAUUAACAGAAACUAGAAAGGCAUAUCACAAAGAUUGUACUUUAAGCUUAAAUUACAUUUAUACAAAGAAAGCAAGUUUCAUUUAUAAUGAGAAAACAGUAAGCUUAAUUAACCCUAUUAAUAUCCAAAUCAAUAAAACUGUAAGAUCAUAUCAGUAGAUACAGAAAAAAAGCUCUUAUAAUACUCCCCCAAUUUUUGUUAAGGACAUUAGAAAACAUAAGAUUUAAUUAACCUUUCCUUAAAAUAAGUAACAUAUAUGUAAAUUAUUUGUAAUGAAGAUAAAUUAGAUUACUUUUCAGUAAAAUUGUGAAAUUAGUAGUUAAAGCAAGAUAUACAUUGUUAUUACUUCCAUUUGAGGUAGUACUAUAAAUACUUACUAUUUCUAUGAAACAAAGAAAAAGAGACAAAAUUAUCACUUUUUAUAGAUGAUAUCAUGGUACAUUUCAAGUACCCCAAAGAGUAAUUUAAGAAUGAUUAAAAUAAUUAAUUAUUUUCACAACCUGAAGGAUAUAAAAUAAAUCCACAGACAUCAUCAGCAUUUCUGGGUAUACCAUUAAGAUAGCAGGAAAAGAUAGUAAGAGAAAUUUCACACAAAGUAAUGACAGAAUUAGAAAAUAUUUGUGAGUCUACCUACCAAGGUAAAUAGAGGUACUACAUAUAACCACAAACCACUGAUUAGAUAGCUCUAAAAGUUUGGAAGAUAACUAAUUGCUUAUUGGUGGGUUGAAUCAAUAUAAUAAAAAUGACAAUACUACCUAAAUAUAUUUAAUCAAGGUCAUGCCAAUCAAACUACCAAAGGAUUAUUUUAUAGAACUAGAAAAAAAGAAUAAUGAAAUUCAUAUGGAGGUAAAAAAAGGUCAAGAAUCUCAAGGGAAAUAAUGAAAAGAAUUAGGAACAAAAGAGGCUUAGCAGUGUCAGAUCUCAAAAUAUACUACAAACCAGUGAUUCUCAAAAUGAUUUGGUACUAGUUAAAAAAUACAGACAACUCAUUGGAAUAUAUUAUGUACACAACAUGUAGAAGCAACUGUAUCUGGUAGUAUAGCAUCUGAUAAACACUAUGACCGUUUCUAUUGGAAUCCUUAAGGAUUCAGGAUUAGAAAAAACAAACAACUUCUGGGAACUUUAGAUAGUUAUAUGGAAGAAACAAGAUUUAGAUAAACACUUACCACCUUAUACUAAGAUAAGGUUCAAAAUAGAUACAUGACCUUGAUUUAGAAGACUAUGUAUAGGGGGCAGCUGGGUAGCUCAGUGGAUUGAGAGCCAGGCCUAGAGACAGGAGGUCCUGGGUUCAAAUCUGACCUCACACUUCCCAGCUGUGUGACCCUGGGCAAGUCACUUAGCCCCCAUUGCCUAACCCUUACCACUCUUCUGUCUUGGAGCCAAUCUUGGAGUAUUAACUCCAAGAUGGAAGGUAAAGAUUUUUUUUUAAAAGAAGAUCAUGUAUAAAAGAAAGGAGGGAAACCCAGAUAAAAAUUCCUAUCAGAUCUAUGGAUAAAAGAAAAGUUUAAUAGAAAGUAUCACAUAGCUAAAAUGUAUAAUUUUGAUUAUAUAAAAUUUAAAAAGUGUUUGCACAGAAAAUCCAGUUCAAUAAUGAAAAAAAAAUCUUAGAUCAAAAGAGAAACAAUUAACUGAGAAAUUCUUUUUGGCAGCAUAUUUCUCUGAUAAAGGAAUUCAAGAUACAUAAGAAUUAGAUUCAAUUUGUUAGGAUAUGAGUCAUUUCCUAGAUGAAAAAUGGUCCAAGGAUGUGAACAGGUAGUUCUCAAGGGCAGAAACUUAAAUUACCUAAUAGCCAUCUGAAAAAUUAUCUAAAUCUCUACUAAUUAGAGAUAUGUAUAUUAAAGCAGGUUUUUUAUUUCUAGCAUACCUAUCAAAAUGAAAGAUGACAAAAACAAAAAAUCUUAAUAUUGGAGAGGUUGUGGGAAACCAAGAACACUUAUGCACUGUUGGUAGAACAGUGAAUGAGUCUAACUAACUAUUCUAGAAAACAAUUUGAAAUCAUAUUUAAAAAGUUAUUGAAUAAUUCUUGUCCUUUGACCCAGGUGUAUCCCUGCUAGUGUAACCCAGCAGAGGUCAAAUAAUUAGUAAAAUGUACUAUAUGCAAAAAAUAAUUAUAACAGCCCUUUUUAUGGUGCCCAAAAACCAGAAACAAAAUGGAUGCUCAUUGAGGGUGGGCUGACUAAAACAUGACAUGAAUAUGAUGAUACACUGCUGUGCCACAAGAAAUGAGGACACUGAUGAUUUUAGAGACAUGAACUGAUGGAAAGUGAUGUAGGCAGAACCAGAACAAUUUAGGCUAUAACAACACUAUAAAAAGGAACAAUUGUGAAGCUUUUUAUAAACUGGUAAAGAACAAAAUGAGCAGAAUGAGGAGAAUAAUUCAUAUGAGAUGUGAAAUAUGUUAUGUACUUUCAUACAUAUCAUUGAGGUGAUUGUAUUGCUACAUUUACAUAAUUGUUUAACUUUAUUUCAAUAGAGUUCUCAAAGAAUGAGAGUAAUCUGGAAAUGUUCAUACUGUAAAAACAAAAAAAUCAAUAAAAAGUGAAAAAUAAGAAUAUCUAGAGGAAAUCAGUCAUUCAAAUCAAUAAGCAUUUAUUAAGUGUUUAUAAUGUGCCAGGCACCAUGUUAAGGAAAUGCCCAAAAGUGGUCCUCUGAAAGUGUUUUAAGGAAAACAUUGACAUUGGCAUAAACAUGUGAUCCCUUCUUAAGUAGUUUGAAUGGGCAUUGCAGUCACUCAGAAUGCCUUUGGAGUAUAUCAGUAGAGACUCCCUCCUGCCUUUUUUUUUUUUGUAGGGGUUGGGGCGUGGGGACUGUUAUGUAGAAUUAAUCUUGUUUAGACUAGAUGUGGAUAUUCUCUUCUACUCUUGUUCUGAUACCUUUUCUCUUGCUUAGUUAACUAUGUAGAUGUUAGCAGUAGGUAACAAACUUUUGUUCUUAUUUUUCACAAAACAGAUGCUGUUUUUUCCUCUGCUGUAUCCUUUUUUUGUCCUAUAUUCCUAUGAUUUUGUAACUAGAGAAUUUAUAUAAUAGAAUUGUUCCUUAUUUAUAGUUAUUUUGGGUUUCAUUAUUGAAUUCAAGUUGUUGAGAAUGUUUGAUUUUUCUUCUUUCCUUUUCUAAAGAGCAAAAUUUUGGUGAGGGAAGAAUCAUCUGAGCAUAAACUCACUUUCAAUUUGCUGGGAUAUUUUAAUUUUUUUAUAAUCAAGAACCAUACUUGUACUUUCAUUGGAGAAAAAUGUAGUAUUAUGAGGAAUUUCUUUUUUUUCCCAAGCAUGGAAGUUAAUGAUAAAACAUUGAGUUUUUUCUCCUAAUAUCUAUAGAAGAUAAGAGAGGUAUGCACCAAUAAUUACAACUGAGACCAGUAAACUUCAAAAGAUCAUUCCACAAAACCAUUCUUGAUACUGCUAAACAAAAGUGAAUAUCUACUAUAUAGUUUAGUGAUUAAGAAAUAUUAUGUGCUUCUAAUGAAUAUUUCUUGAAAGCUAAAUUUUGAGAGAUAACAUUUGUUCAAUGCAACAAACAUAUCUCUAAAUACAAAUAGCUUAUUUUCUGUGUGUAUACACAUGUAUAUACACAUACAUGCACACACUCAUAUACACACAUGACUUAUGUGUAUUUUAUGUGUACCCACAUAUAAUAUGUGUAUGCAGUUUUAAAAUCUUGGAUAAACUUAAUGCCAAGCAGUGCCAACCAACAUCUGUCAAGGAUAGGGAGAUCUGGGAAUUUGUUGCUUGAAGCUAUGGAACAAAGUGUUCUGAUCGACUGGCAAAUAGUGCUAAGGACUUGAACUGGAAUCUUCAGGAGCAGAAAUGUCUUAAGUGUCUGGAAAAUUGGCCUGUUGAGUCACCACGCAGGCACUAAAACAAAACUAAUUUUAAGCAGGUCAGAGUUCAGCGAUUCCCUCUGGAAUUUAAAAGUUUUCUCUCUCACUCGCUUUUUUUCUUCUUCAGAAAGUCUCAUGUUUAAGUGAAAAGGGUCAAAGUUGAUGCACUGUUACAAUUUUUGAAUGCUUUCCCUUAAGAACAGCCACCCAAGCUGGGAUUAGCAUGAGGAACUGCAAGGCUGGCACUUCAGCGUCUGGGUUAAAAAUAUUUUAAAGCAGUAAAUGCAGUCAGUACAGAGAGAUCCCUGGGAGCCUUUCUAUUCAAAAAUGUGUGAGCUCAGGGCAGCAACUGCAAUGUAAUUUAGGGCAGUGUAUGCUUCAUAGCUUUGGAGAAUAUUGCUUCCCGCUAAUGUUCCAUCGGAGGGUAGGAUAGUAGUAAUUUUAGAAGGUGGUAUUCCUGUUUGUCUUACAUCGAAAACUUCAGAAUAAAUAAAAAGAAACAUCAAUUGAACGAGAAAUGUAACUAUGGAAAAGUACCAAUGAAUCUUAUUCUGAAUAGAAGAGAUACUCAAACAGUAUGGGUGUAAGAGUGUUUCCAAGGACCCUGCCAGCUUCUGCAAAGGGAGCUGCAUAGAGAGACUGGAUUGAUCAGGUUGAAACCAUCCUGAACUUCGAAAAUAGAUAAGAGAAGACCUGGUCUUGGCAAAAAUAAAAUCACUGUAAAGAAAAGAUAUCCACUAUUAAGAAAUUGACUUAAGUAUAUGUCUUGCUGAUGAACCAGUUCCUGUUUGAUUCCAUUGACAAUAGUUCAAGAGCUAUAAAGAAAACUUUUUCUCAACACUGGUGUUGGAAGAAAAAGACACUGGGAGUCGAAGAGAUUAAACUGGGAGAAUUAACAGGAAUGCCUCAAAUGCCUUUCUUUUGUUGAAUGUCCAUCCUCUUCACUGCUGAUUGGGCUCAGGACUAUUAUAUGAUUUCAACAUAUGUAUGGAAGACACCUUCUUGGAUCCGAAUUGUCAAGGCUGAAUUUUGCUCUCACAAAUCAAAUACUUUUAAAUAGAUCAACAAAAGGAUGUCUUCCAAGCGACCAGCCUCUCCGUAUGGGGAAGCAGAUGGAGAGGUAGCCAUGGUGACAAGCAGACAGAAAGUGGAAGAAGAGGAGAGUGACGGGCUCCCAGCCUUUCACCUUCCCUUGCAUGUGAGUUUUCCCAACAAGCCUCACUCUGAGGAAUUUCAACCAGUUUCUCUUCUGACGCAAGAGAGUUGUGGCCAUAGGACUCCCACUUCUCAGCACAACACAGUGGAAGUUGAUGGCAAUAAAGUGAUAUCUUCAUUUGCCCCGCAUAACUCAUCUACCUCACCCCUGAAGGCAGAAGAAGGUGGGCGUCAGAGCGGAGAGUCAUUGUCCAGUACAGCCCUGGGGACCCCAGAAAGGCGCAAAGGCAGCUUAGCUGAUGUUGUAGAUACCUUGAAACAAAGAAAAAUGGAAGAGCUCAUCAAAAAUGAACCAGAAGAAACCCCCAGUAUUGAAAAGCUCCUAUCAAAGGACUGGAAAGACAAGCUUCUUGCUAUGGGAUCAGGGAACUUUGGAGAAAUAAAAGGAACUCCAGAAAGCCUUGCUGAGAAAGAGAGGCAGCUCAUGGGUAUGAUCAAUCAGCUGACCAGUUUGAGAGAACAGCUGCUGGCAGCUCAUGAUGAACAGAAGAAGCUGGCUGCCUCCCAAAUUGAGAAACAGCGCCAGCAAAUGGAGCUGGCCAAGCAGCAGCAAGAACAGAUUGCAAGACAACAGCAGCAGCUUCUACAACAACAACACAAAAUCAAUCUGCUCCAACAACAAAUCCAGCAGGUUCAAGGUCAGCUGCCUCCAUUAAUGAUUCCAGUAUUCCCUCCAGACCAGCGAACACUGGCAGCAGCUGCCCAGCAAGGAUUCCUCCUUCCUCCAGGCUUCAGCUACAAGGCAGGAUGUAGUGACCCUUACCCUGUUCAGCUGAUCCCAACUACCAUGGCAGCUGCUGCCGGGGCAACCCCAGGCUUAGGCCCACUCCAACUGCAGCAGUUAUAUGCUGCCCAGCUAGCUGCAAUGCAGGUAUCUCCAGGAGGAAAGUUACCAGGCAUACCCCAAGGCAACCUUGGUGCUGCUGUAUCUCCAACCAGCAUUCAUACAGAGAAGAGCACAAAUAGCCCACCACCCAAAAGCAAGGAUGAAGUGGCACAGCCACUGAACUUGUCUGCUAAACCCAAGACCUCUGAUGGGAAAUCACCCACCUCACCCACCUCUCCCCAUAUGCCAGCUCUGAGAAUAAACAGUGGGGCAGGCUCUCUUAAAGCCUCUGUCCCAGCAGCAUUAGCCAGUCCUUCAGCUAGAGUUAGCACAAUAGGUUAUUUAAAUGACCAUGAUGCUGUUACCAAGGCAAUCCAAGAAGCUCGACAGAUGAAGGAGCAACUUCGGCGGGAACAACAGGUGCUUGAUGGGAAGGUGGCUGUUGUGAAUAGUCUGGGGCUCAGUAACUGCAGAACAGAAAAGGACAAAACAACACUGGAGAGCCUGACUCAGCAACUAGCAGUGAAACAGAAUGAAGAAGGAAAAUUCAGCCAUGCCAUGAUGGACUUCAAUAUGAGUGGAGAUUCUGAUGGAAGUGCCGGGGUCUCAGAAUCCAGAAUUUAUCGGGAAUCCAGAGGGCGUGGGAGCAAUGAACCUCAUAUCAAGCGUCCCAUGAAUGCUUUCAUGGUAUGGGCUAAAGAUGAACGGAGGAAAAUCCUUCAAGCUUUUCCUGACAUGCAUAAUUCUAACAUCAGCAAGAUACUGGGCUCUCGUUGGAAAGCAAUGACAAACCUAGAAAAACAGCCAUACUAUGAAGAACAGGCUCGACUUAGCAAACAACACCUGGAGAAAUAUCCUGACUAUAAGUAUAAGCCAAGGCCGAAGCGAACCUGCCUUGUAGAUGGAAAAAAAUUGAGGAUUGGUGAAUAUAAAGCAAUUAUGCGGAAUAGACGUCAAGAGAUGAGGCAAUAUUUUAACGUUGGGCAACAAGCACAGAUCCCAAUUGCCACUGCCGGUGUUGUCUAUCCUGGAGCCAUUGCCAUGGCAGGAAUGCCCUCCCCUCAUCUGCCCUCAGAGCACUCAAGUGUAUCCAGCAGUCCAGAACCUGGGAUGCCUGUGAUCCAAAGCACUUAUGGUGUAAAAGGAGAGGAGCCACAUAUCAAGGAGGAGAUGCAGGCUGAUGAUAUCAACGGAGAAAUCUACGAUGAGUACGAUGAAGAAGAGGAUGACCCAGAUGUGGACUACGGCAGUGACAGUGAAAAUCAUAUUGCUGGGCAAGCCAACUGAUAAAAGUCAAAUAAUUGUUGUGACCUUAGAGGACUUAAAGAAGCCCCAGCUGGUUCAUCCUUACCAGUGGCCAAGCACAUUAACUUUCUCAUACACUGACUGUUAUUUUAACUGUUAGUCUUAACUAGUUGGGACAUCAGCUGACUAAUAGACCUCAGCCUGCAUCAAAAGGCUUUGGAAGGAGAAAAAAAACAGCAACAAUAUCAACAACAAGAUAUUGAAAUAAGCUAUGGGUAAAAUAAUGCCAGUAAUUCAGCUGCUAUAUCCAAGCACUGAAGUCUUACCCGUCAACUUUUUUUUUUUUAAAUAAACUUUAUGGCUGUUUGUUCUACAAUGUUCUAGAAAUUCUCACUCAGGUACACAGUGCCAACAAGUGGCUUGUGAAUGUGUUUUGUUGUUUUGUGCUACAGUUUAAAAAAAAUAAUUAUUUUUUUGUUUUUGUUUUGGUAAUGCACCUGACAGAAAAAAAGAAAGAUAAACUUCUCUUUACUCCCUUCCACUGUCUCCAUCUCUAUACCUUUGCAUAUUUUAGGGGUGGAAGUUUAUGAGAGGGGAAGACAGAAAGAGAUCCUGUUUUUUUUUUUAGUUUUUAUUUUUCUGCCAUCUGACACCCAAUAGGCAAUUAUUUUCUUCAUCGAGGACUUGGUUCAUCUAUUGCACACCACACUGCGUCUUUGAGCAAGUGCCAAAUUUGUACUGAAGUGUUGAACUAGUUCAUUUUUUUGUUUCCUGUUCUUUCUCAGUUAGGACAGUAUUAUGUCUUAGACAAUCCCUUGAAGAACCUAAUAUACCAGCAGCUGGUGAGAUUUGAAUUUUUUUUUUUUUGAAACUGUAGGUGCCGUUCUCAGGUGAAAAGAGAGAGAGAGAGAAAGAGAGACAUAAAAAAAAAACUUUAGAGAAAAAUAUUUUCUGACCUUGGAUUUUUGUGUGUAUGUGUGUAUGUUUAUGGUACUAAUAAGAAUAAUAUUGGACCAUUGUGAGUAAAACCCACAUCUGGGGAUGAAAUCCCACAUCCUCUAAGUGACUGGUCUGGAAGUAACUUUGACCUUUAAUUUGCACUUCAAAUGACAACUUAACUUAAUCAAGUAUGGGGCUCAGAAAUUAUGUUUUUAAACUUCUAAUAUUCUCUUCAUUGGAAGGAUCUGGUGGUCCUAUUUAACAGAAGUGUGCAUGUAUAACAUGGAAGCCACUAACAAUACACAAGCUGUUUGUAGAUGCCCUUUUCUCUUUGAUGAUUGGUUUCACUAACCUUUGGCUAUUUGAAGGUUUUGUUUUGUUUCAUUUUCCCCCAAGAUACUUUGAUCUGUAAGAUUAUGCUUCACCUUGGCCUUUUGGCAGAAAUCAAGUAGACAUUUUUCUCCAACAUUCCAUUCUGUUCUAACCAGGAAUUGGAUCUGGUGAUUUUUAUAAGGUGUUGUAUUGUUUUCAGUUUUCCCCCAUUUUUCUUUGUGAUGAGAUAGAGAGUCUCUUUGUAUUUCAUGUUGGUGAAAAUAAUAAAUAUUUUCACAUAGUACACAGCAGGAUUCAAUUAAAAAGCAACUACAGCCAAAGUAAAUUGAUAAUAACUGAGCUAAAGCCACCAUUGUCUGCUGAACUUGCCUUUGCUGGGGAAAAAAAAAAACAAACAAACAAAAAAAAACAACAGCAAAAAACAACCUUUCUGUGAAGACAUUCUCCUGAGGCAGGGUGUGCACAUAGAGAGACAACAGGUGAUGGUUGUUUUAUUUUUUUUUUUUUUGCUUGCCAAAGGGCCACUGAAAGUGUGAGGCCUUUGCAAAUAAAUUCAGACUUUCCAAGGAAAUUGCCAACAAUGGUCACCAAACAGGACAGUACACCAACCAGUAAUUUGGAUGUGUGAUGUUAUUCACGCCAUCUUUUUUUUUUUUAACUCAACUCCACCACUCCCUGACCUAUAUGCCCAUCCCCACUAAUUUGGAUUUAUACCUCUGAAUAGGAACAAAACAUCCUUUUCAUUUUUCUCUCUCUCAAAAGAUUUGCUCUGGGGUUCUGCUUGGAGGAGCUAUUCAUAUCCUGCAUGUCAGAGAUUUUGUUUCCUUUGUUUUUUCUGUUUGUAUUUGAUGACUGUAUAUUUCAGUUGAACUGCCUCUUCUUGCUAGUGUUGUGAUGAUGAUGAUAAUAAUGGUCAGCUGUUCCCAGAUUAGUAAAUUAUGUAUAAUUUAUUUUAUUUCCCCUAUUCUAUUUUAUUCUAUUCUAAAUUGGAAGUGCAGCCAACAAAGCUGUUAAGAUAUUUAAAACUAAUUUCCCUUCUCCAACUUUUUACAUAUAUAGUACAAAAACUAUAUAUAAAUAUAUAUAUAAAAUAUAUAUACAAAAAACUCACUUAUCCCAACAUCUUUUUUCCCUUCCCUUUAAAAAAAAUUUUGGCCUCAGCAAUGUCAAGUUCUGAUGUUUAUUAUGAAGGAGUGAAUUAAUGGGAGUGUUGUGUUCAAUCUUAAUUAACUUCUGCUCUCUCAUCACUCAUUUUAGUUAUUUAAUUACCACAGUCAUCUAGAGCCAAUUUUUUGUUUUGUUUCUUUUUUUUAAGCACUCUGUUUGGAUAAGGAAAAACUAGACACUUGUUUUUAUAUCAUUAUUAAGUACAAUGUGAAAACAGAUUUUUUAAAAAUUUGUUCCCUGUCUUUGUGAACAAAUUAUUUCUGACUUAUGUGGGUUCACCUCUCACGUUUGCUGGAUGCUUAUUUUCCACCGUUAUAAAUAUGCUUUGUUUUAAUUUUGUGACUUUGGGCUACAAGAAUACUUUGUUUUAGCUCCAGGUAGGUGCCACUAUGGCAUUCAUGGUUAAAGCCAAUUGUGACACCCUUGUGAAUUAAUGACAAAACCAAUUUGUUUUCCCUCAAGGAAAAAGGCCACAUCCUCCUCUCUGGGUUGUUGUUCAAUGCUUUUACAUUGCUUUUAUAAAACUUGAACUUUAAACUCAGAAGUGAAUUUUAUUAAAUUAGGUGUGUGCCAAAAAGACUGAGCAAGUGUGGUCUGGAGCAUAAAGCAAGCCAGCAGCCCUAUCUCAUACUCCUUAGCUCUGCCAUUUGACUUACUGGAUGGCAUUCUGUGUUACAGUUUUCCCUUAUUAUUAAAAAAAAUUAUGCUGAUUUAUAAAAUGAUUUGAAACUUAUAGGCGAAAGUUAAUAAUUUACUACAUUAACUCAUUGCCUUCUCUACAUUUCAUUGGUUGAUGAUAUUAUCAUGUCUAAAGCCUUAUUUUCCUCCUUGCUUUUGUUUGUACUCCAUAGUACCCCAUUAUAGACAAGCAGGAGGAAAAGAAGGGUCUGUUCAUCUAAAACAGACAACAAAGGUAUUAGUGUAUAUCUUGGUUAAUCUGGCAUCUCUAUUCUUGGCCCUUUCCACUAUUCCCCUUGUGUCCACACACACUCCUCCCUAUGGCAGCAGUUCAAUGUAAUAUAUUUGGUGAAUAUCUAAGAGACAAGCACUGGAGAAAGUGGAUUAAAGUUGCUUAUAUUUAAGCUGUUAAUAAUUUGGCUGGUUACCUCAAUGGAAUGAAAUAUAAACCUAUUUCUCAAUACAUUCAUGCCUUAAGUUAGUCAAAUAAAAUUUUAAGUACAUUUAGCAUCUGCAUUUAACAGCAAUGUAAUCAGGUCCCAGAAAGAACACUAACUAUUAUGCUAGUGCAAAAUUAGUUUGGCAAACAAAUCUUCUUCCAAUGAAUAAAUAUGGAAGAAUGGCCUUUUUUUUCCAUGGCAUUAAUUCAGAGAUUUGGUUUAUACAUAGAAUUUUUUACUAAAAUUGCUAUUAGAAAGUAAAUUGUCUUUUAACUCUUUUACAUUCCAGUUUCAGAAGUUGUUCCUCCCCUCCCCCAUCCAAAGACAGCAGUUAUUUGUCCCUGAGGAAGCCUCUCACAUCACAUUUAAAAUAACAAAAAUAGUUAUACUUUCACCCAUUUUGGGGUGGAUUUUCCACUUGUAAUUAAACAAUUACAUACUGUAUUCACAUGCAUAGAUUUAUGAAAUACUGGUUUCCCAAGUUACUGACAAAAUAAAAGUAUGGUUUUGCAAGAAAAAUAAGUUCACUUAAAGUGGAUUCAAGUAGCUCCUUAUCUUAUAGGGCAUGGGUAUUUGUUUAGCUUGGCUUCUAGAGUAUUUACAUUUAAAAAUUUUCUUCUAACUGUCAGUUUCACAGACUGAAGAUGAUGUCAUGUUGGGUUUUCUACUGAUUGAUUUCUAUCCUCCCCAGUGUUUCUGUCACUGGUUCACUAAAACAGUAUUUAUAUAGCUCCAUUGGCUCUAAAGCUCUUAGUCCUUCUUACAGUUUGAAUUUUACAAGUGAAAAGGAAAAAAAAAGAGAGACAAUCAAAUGCCUGGAGCUUAAAACAAAGUAUGUGCAACCUACCAUCUCACUUGAAAUUUAAUAAGAAAAAUAAUUAUGUAAAUAUAACAUAGAGUUAUAGAUUUAUAUUUUGUUCAUAACACAUAGUGUAAUAUAAGUUGUAUAUUUUUCAUGUUUUGGUUUUAUGUUAUCAUUCAUGCCACAAUAAAAAGAAAAUCAGAGUUUAUGUACUCAAAAAAAAAAAAGAUGUGGGUUGCCACCAUCCUGUUUUUGUUUUUGUUUUUUUUGCAUUCCCCUUUUUCAGUAUUACUGCCCUAAAAGGCACCAAUAAAAACAGCAAAUGUGUUCUUUACCUAUUA